CAACGCUGUGAGGAGGUGUAGCAGCGCAGUAGGCGCGCGUGUCGUUCCGUAGCUCUUCGACUUUGUCGUCGACGACGGCGACGACGACGAAGACGACGACGACGACGACGAUAACGACGACGACGACGACGACGACGACGACGACGACGACGACGACGACGACGAAGACGAGGAGAAACGACAACGACGACGACGACGACGACGACGACGAUAAUAACAACAACAACAACAACGACGCCGUUUCCUUGACGGUGACGACGACGACGACGUAGACGUAGACGUAGACGUAGACGUAGACGUAGACGACAGCAGACAUAGGACCUUUAGACAGACGUACGUAGUAAAGUGCGAAGAAAGAGAAGGAGAGCGCUGGUGCCGUUCCGUUCUCGGCGGUCGUCGACGCUCGAAGCGAGAAAACCGGUACGCGUGAACGGCUCUCGCUCGGUGGUUUCGUUGCUCAGUGGAAGCGGGCCGGCGGAAGCGCGCGGAUCGACUGUCGUGCCAGCUCCUUCUCUUCGACGAGAGGGAUAUAUAAUAGAAAGAGAGAGAGAGAGAGAGAGGAAGAGGAAGAGAGAGAGAAAAGAUUAUUUGAAAUUGAUCGUUUACCGAGUGAUCGAAUCAAAAGGAAAGUGUGAGCAAUCGAUGAGAUCGUCGUUCGAUCGAUGAAUCUAGGAACGUACGACGGACGUCGAACGUCUCGCGCGAGGACGAGAGUGGGAGGUGGUGUCGAAGGAGAAGCUGGAGGUGGAGGAACACGUGAGACGGCGCGAUCCAGGAGGAGGUGGUGGACGUCGUCAUUAUCAUCAUCAUCGUCGUCAUCGUCGUCAACAACAUCAAAAUCGUUAUUAUCGUCGUCAUCGUCGAUAUCGUCGUCACCGGUCGUCGAAAGGAGGAUGCUUCUCUCCUUUUAUUGGAAGCCGCGGGAGAAGAGGACGACGAUUCGUGACGCGUGAUCCUCUUCCACGGAAUAGAGAUAAAUAGUGAUAAAGAUAGAGAGAAGGAAAACAUAAGAGGAAGAACAAGAAGAAGAAGGGUCACAGACGGUUUGCGUAGACGGGUGCGUACGGUGUGUGGCAAAGAUCUAUACUGUGGCGAUGACAGAUCCACAGUUAACUAACAACAACAAUAACAACAACAAUAACAACAACAAUAACAACGAUGGCGAGCCGAAGUAUUUGCACAAGAAGUUUAAAAAGAUGGCGACGACGGAGGUUACGCCUCGAGUCGAGGCAAAGAAGGAAAGCUCGGCCGAUGAUAAGGGGAACACCGAUCUCCAGAAGAAAAGGGAAGCGGUCAAGGAGAACAGAGAUUUUCCAAAGGAAGCCCUCAAGGCCGAGGCAUCUCCCGAGGCCGAGACCGAGCCCGCGGAAUCGCGAAAAACCGGAUACGUUUGCCCUUACUGCAAGCUCUCCUGUGCCAAGCCAAGCGUUUUGCAGAAGCACAUCAGGGCUCAUACCAACGAGAGACCGUACCCUUGCGUGCCCUGCGGUUUCGCGUUUAAGACCAAGUCGAAUCUUUACAAGCAUCGGAGAUCUCGGACUCACGCUUUGAAGAUGGAAGGCGGUGAUAGCAGCAAGCAGGUGUCGGAGGACUCGGACAUCAGCCUGUCCGACAGUGCCAGUAACGGUACGGGGACUCCACCACCUCCGCCAACGUCAACGCCCACGACGACCUCCUCCGUCGUGAAGACCGUCAAGACUGGAAAAAUUUACAAGCCAAAGUUCCACACCGCCCUCCAAUCGAUAAACAAUGACACGGAAACGUCGUCGUUCUCGUCUACGAGCUCUUCCAGUAAUUCUUCCGUAGCUGUGAUCAGUAAUAGCAGCACCGCGAACGCUGCGAAACCGAACGCGGAUAGGUUGCAGGAACACAUCGAUAAAAUUAUAACGGACAAUCGUGCGAUCGUCGACGCAGUAGAUCCGCGCCUUCACAAAUUGAUGCAACGACAGCAGAGCAUGGUCGAGACUAAGCAAUCAGAUCAACCCUUGAAUCUCUCGUCGGCCGACGAAUCCUCGACGAGGAAACGUUGUUACAGCGAGAGCUUCGCUCAGGAGGCUACGGAUCGAACGCCGGCGAGCAACAACGAGGCGUCGAUCAUCAAAGAUCUCCUGUUGAAAACGCGCGCAACUACCGACGCGGAGGCUACCGCGGAGAUCGAGAAUUACGUGUGUCCGUCGUGCAGCAUACCGUAUACGAGUGUCGAUAAUCUCGAGACUCAUCGACGGUAUUAUUGCAAGGGACCGAUCAGUCCUAGGAGAUCGGAGUAUCAGUUGGAUAACGAGAAGAGGGAAUCCGAGUUCGAGUCCAAGUCUUCCGAUUAUUACGCUACCCUGCAGCCCCUUCCUUCGCCGGGACCUUUGUUGGGUAACACGAGACUCGUUGACGCUUACGCGCCACCCGCGAAGAAACAGCGCUCGGAGUCGGUCCCGACUAGUUUGAGAUCUCUGGAAGAACUAAGCAAGUAUCCGAGGCCGAACUCGUUGCAAAUGUUCGGCGGGGAGGUCAGGAUACUCGACAAUACGGGCGAGACGAAGACCAUGAGAAUCGAGCCACGACAAACGAAUUCACCGACGAGCGAACAGAUCUCAAGCAACAAGUGCGUCACGUCGGAGACAGCUUCGAUCGUGGUAAGAUCGGGUCUUCAUUCGGGCGGUACCAUGGUGCACAAACCGCCUGGCACGCCGACCAGCACGCAGAGUUCCUCCAUAUCUUUGCCAAACACUCCAAAAAUGUUGGCCCCCAUCAUACCAAACAUAUCAACUCCGAACAUAGCACCGACGAUGUCCUGCUACAACUACCUGGAACCGCAUUUGAAUCCAUUGACGAGCAUAACCGCGUACAAUCCAUUGACGUUGCCCCAAGCGGGUAUAACGAGUAUUCUUCACGGUGGUAAGGUUAUUCCUUACGUACCCGGUAUGCCGGGACCGCAUAGCUUAACCGGUGCACCAGCCCCGCCGCCACCCCCGCCUAUAGAUAUAUCGCCUGGUGUGGCGUCCGGUGAAGUUGGAUACAAAGUCAUACCAGGUGUGCCGGGACUGCACAUGAUACCCCAACCCUUGGAUCUCGCCAGUCCGGUCAAGAUCCAGGCGCCCAACGUACCUGGAAUACCGGGACCUGGAAUAUCCGGUGGACACGUCUCGAUAAUGGGCCAGCCGUUGGAUCUUGCCAGUCCCGCGAAGGAGACCAAGCUUAGCUUCAAAACUCCUAGCAGCGACGGUCUGAGAAGCGGCGGCGGUGGCUUGACGAGUCCCAAAGUUCCUACCGUCAAGGUCGAUACUUCCACGGACAAAUAUAGGCCAGGUAGGAUGUCUCUGACGCCUGUCGCCGACCUGCCGAUAACCGAACUCGAUCGUCAUAUCAAACACAACGUUCCUGCGAAACACAAAGCCAUGGAGAGUCCCCGAGAGAGGAGAGAGUUGUUGUCUCUCGAGAAGAGUCCCAACGUCGAAAGAACCUACGCUUACUCCAACGGCAUCGACGCACCCGUUAAUUCAGCAAAUUCGUAUGCCAAGCACAAGUAUUCACCCAAAUCGACCUCGGAGAGCAGGAAGAGGCCCUCCACUUGGAACAUUGCCGAGAUCGAGAUCGGCAGAACCCAGCUCGAAACUUUGGAGUACGGCUCGAAUCUGAAAUACGACUCCUCGCCCUCUCGCGAAAAUGGUCGUGUCAAAAUUAACGUUCUCGAAGGGAGAGGCAAGGUAGUCGAAAGUUACAGCACGGUCGGUGAAACCAAAUUAAAAUCUAAUCCUGCAGUAUUAGCGGGAGCAGCAACGCCGCAGUCACAGCCGCCGCCACCGCCGCCGCCGCCGCCGCCGCCGCCGCCACCGCCGCCGCCAACACCACCAGUGAUACUUGUGAAUUCAGAUUCAUCCAAGUCAGAAGUGCCAAGUAAAACUUCCGUAGAAUUAGUCGUUAAAACGGAUAAGUCUGAAGCUAAGUCGCCGAAGAGUGGCGACGGUGCUAAAGAAGAGACCAGUGUUAAUAAGUUUUUAAGACCCACUUCUUUACCGUUAAAGCCCGGGACGUUUACGCCAAAGAAACAUCACGGCAUAACGCCGACGGCGAACACCCUAUCCCUUAUAAGCCCGGAAACUCCUAGACCCAAAAAAUCGUACGGACAGCUUUAUUUGAAUGGACACGCCUAUACAUAUCUAGGUUUAAAGUGUUCAACGAGAGUGUUCUAUUGCACCCUAAACAGACCGCAGCCGAUGUACGUCACGCAGCAGCACGGUCUGUCCAUGUAUUCCAAUUGGAAAAUUUGUAAGGAAGCUCCUCCAGAUUUGGAUCUGGCGCAUUAUGACUCUAGAAACAGACCUCUUAAUUAUACCACCGCUUGUACCAUGCGAGAAGAUAUUUUGACGCAUUCUUCGCAGAGGCCUAUCACUCCGACGAGUCCGGACAGUGGCUUGGAAAGUGAUAUACAAGAAAAAUCCAAGAGGAUUAAAAUUUUCGACGGAGGUUUCGAGAGUAACGAGGAUUACACGUACGUUAGGGGUCGUGGUCGCGGUCGAUACGUCUGCGAAGAAUGUGGCAUUCGUUGUAAGAAGCCGUCGAUGCUGAAAAAACAUAUCAGAACUCAUACGGACGUACGACCAUACACUUGCAGGCACUGUGCCUUUAGCUUCAAGACCAAAGGCAAUCUCACGAAACACAUGAAGUCGAAAGCACAUUACAAAAAAUGUGUCGAGCUUGGAAUCGCCCCGGUACCAACUACGGUUUGCGACGAGAACAUCGACAAAGAAGCUAUCGCGCGAUUGGCCGUAGGUGGAAACGCCGAGGAAUCUAGUUCGGAGGAGGAAGAGAGCGAAGGUGAAGGAGAGGAGAGCGAAGAAUCUGGCAGCGAGGAGCACGAAGCAGCGCAAAGCUUGCUCAGUCUGUCGCAACGUAACACCAACAGAUUACCAGGCUUAUUGCCUUCGGGUCGACCAACGACAUAUCCUUAUACCUUGACUUUUCCAUCGAGCUCCGUUACAACGAAUAUCAUAUCAACCGUUUCCAGCACUUUGUGCAGCAGCGAUCACAGUACGACCGAUCAGGAUACCAGCCUCAUUCAGAGCGAACACUCGCAUCGUUAUUAUUUCCCUUCGAAAUGGACAGCCGCGGAUGAGUUGAGGAGUAGCGUUAUACAAUUAUCCAAGAAGGAAGAUUCGGAUAUCGAGGUAGAAGAGAUAACCGAUUCGGACUCGCGUCAACAGAUAUCCCAACCGAUGGAUCUUACGACCAAGCAAACUACGCAACAACCGGUACGAUCCCCGGUACCCCAAAGAGCAAUGCCUGCUGACAUCUUGACACCGGUGUCGGAGCCAGUUCUACUACAAACGAUAGUGCAGACGAUGGAACGAUUACCUAUACAAGGAAGAGAAUGGAAACCGAAUGCAGAGGGACGUAUGCUUCAGGCGUACCUUACCGAGAGACACGUCAUGGACAGUAAAAUAAAACAACAAUAUCGCGUGGGAAAUUCGAAAAUUGACAGAACGAUGGGAGGAGACAGAGACGUUUAUCCUAAAUAUCAAGACGCCGGGAGAUCGAGAAAUCCGGAGAACAGUGACGUUCCUACGGUAACGUACACGGAUCCGACAGAACGGAAGAUGCAACAGAGCGUGAUAGAAUCGAAGAUCAAACACGCUAGCAAACAGCAAUCGUCGGACGACAUUAAAAUGGAGAUUCGAGAAAAGAUUUAUCAGAACAACGUGGCGAUGGAAAGAAAAGUCUAUAAUUUCGAAUCGAUUCACAAGGACAAAGAACAGCACGCGGUUCGUGAUAUUCACGACAACAACUCCAGAACCAAUAUCGAAUACGGCGUCGUAAUGAAUAAGAAUACCAAUCCGAUCGAAAGAACGAAUUAUCCCGUGGAUAUGCCGUCUCGUAGUACACCAGGUAUAGAUCGUCAUUCGCCGAAAAACUUCCAUUCGGACGCGAACAACCGGCUCGUUUCUAUCCAAUACGGUAACAACGAGCCACCCGACAGAACGUCCAUACUUAAGACGAUGAACGUGCCGAAUCAAGAUGUUAGGCCGGCCAAUCAAGAAAUGCGGAUACCUUCGGAUAUCAGAAUGCAAAGUCAAAGUCCACGAAACAUAGACCUUCGGCCACCCAGCAGAGAACUGAGAAUGCCCAAUCAGGAUUACCGUACGCAAGCUCAAGAAUUACGUUUAGCCACUCAAGAUUACAAAUUACGUGGUCCGGAUAUGCAGACGCUUGGCGCGGAAUUUAAACAGAUACCAACGGACGUACGUUUGAGUCAAGAGAUCGUGUCGCCAGGAAACAUCGAGGCGAGACAAGUUAUCCCGGAUAACAGACCACCCAGUAGAGACAUGCGUAUGCCAGAAUACAGAUCGGAGUACAGAUCUCAACCGCAAGAAACGAGACGUCAUUUCGAAAUAAUACAAUCAUCUACGCGCGAGUCCCCGAAGUUGCAGGAUGUACCGAGACCGCAAAACAUAGAUAUCAAAAAUGUAGAUCGAUCCGAUAUCAAACAUAAUGCAGAAAUGACGAAACAAACUAUAGUGGAGAGUAUUAAACACACGGUAGCUCGAAAAGUGGUCGUCGGUGGUCCGGAUUUCAGGUCGCCAUCUCCAACGGUAGGAAGUGCUAAACCUCAAGCCGAGUUCCUGCAGCCAUCGACUGGACCAGCACCGAAUUACGUGAGUUACAGUGUAACGGAAGACGGCCGAAGUGUAUGCGGGAUUUGUAACAAGGUGUUCAGCAAGCCUAGUCAGUUACGAUUGCAUAUCAAUAUUCAUUAUUUCGAAAGACCGUUUCGAUGCGAGAGUUGCGCGGUCUCCUUCAGGACGAAGGGCCACUUGACGAAACACGAAAGAUCGGUCUCGCAUCACAAUAAGGUCAGUAUGACGUCUACCUUUGGAGCUGCCACUACUAGCAAUCCUAGACCCUUCAAAUGUACGGAUUGCAAAAUCGCCUUCAGAAUACACGGCCAUUUGGCUAAGCACUUGCGUAGCAAAAUGCAUAUUAUGAAAUUGGAAUGUUUGGGUAAAUUACCAUUUGGUACGUAUGCCGAAAUGGAAAGAUCUGGUAUCAAUCUAAACGAUAUCGACACCACGGACUGUGAUAAUAGUCUUACUAGUCUUCAGAUUUUGGCACAAAGACUUUGCGAAAAGGAUCCCAAUAAAAUGGGUCAGUGGGAUACGGAGGUAGUUCCAAGUCAACCUAUCAGCGGUGGUGAAACGUCUUCCGACGAAGGUGAACCCAUAUCUCAACACCCGAUGUAUUCGUUUCCCGUGAAAGUGACAACGGAUGCAGAAAUGUCUCGACCAUAUCAUGUGCCAAUAGCUACUGAAGAUCCUAAAUCUAUGGUGGACGUUCAUCAUAUUAAUUCGCAAUUCAAUCAACAGAAACGGGAAUAUGGUAUGAAGGAAAACGCAAACCAAUCGACAGUUUCGCCAGAAAAUAGUUUACAAUCAUAUAAGUGCCAAGUCUGUCCAGUGUCUAUGCGUAAUGUAAAUGAAUUGCAAGUGCACUGUUUUGUUGAACAUAAUAUUGAAACGGAGUCUAGUACAAAUAUUCACGGGGAUAGAAGUGCGAAUAAAUGUAGGGAAAAAGAGAAUACUCAGAAGAAAAUUCCUGCGGAGGAACGUGUUGUUAGAGAAGAUCACAAUCGACAAAAGAUAGGAGAUACAUAGUGCCAAAAUUAUUUGCUACAUCGGCAAAUGUUCAAUAAGAGAUACUAUAUUACGUAAACGUACGUUGGCCGUUUUAAGAUGAUGGACUUGUAUGAAAGCAUUGCAAUUCUGACAAAUUAUCUUUAUAAAAAGAAGACAUUAUUUAAUGCGACGUUGUAUUUUGAUCAGAAUCUUUCUUUAAAAUGUUAUGGUCUAACAUUAAAUUCUAUUCAUUUGCGAGAGAAAAGUUUCUAUGUACUAUAUGGAUGUACAGUGAACAAUGUUGACCAAAAGUAAUUAAUUGUUAACGAUCUAACGAUAAAUUUGGAAAUAUGCUAAAGACGUCAGGAUAAUAAGAACUUUGACAAAAAAAAAUUUGAAGAAUUUCAACGAGUAUAUAAUUAUCAUAAAAUAUAACCGCGAGACGAAACUAUAUACCAUUAUAUCUAGUAUAACAGCAAAAUAUAAGUAGGACACAAAAAAGAAGGUAAUAAAAAAGGAGUUAUAAAAUGAAAGCUUUUAAAAGAUAUCCGAUAACAUAUAUAUAUAUAUAUACACGUCUUAUAUAUGUGUGUGUGUGUAUAAAAUAUAUGUGAUACAAUAUAAUGUAAUAUAUAUUUGUACGUAUAUAUAUAUACAUAUACAUGUACAUAUAUAAAAUAUAUAUUGUAUAUUAUAUAUAUAUUAUACAUAUACAUAUAUGUAUAUGCUUAUUUCUACCAUGAAACCAUAACAUUGUAAAUGCUUGUAUAGUCCUCAUCUAAGGCUUUACAAUGUUUCUCUUGAAAUCUUUAAAUACAUCACUCGAAAGAACAUAAUUCUGAUAUAUAAUAAUAUAUUUAUAUAUAAUAACGUUGUAGCAAUAUGACGUGCAAUGGACUGGUAUGUGAUUCUGUAUUUAAAGUGCAAAUGUUGUGUGCAACUAUUAAGAGUAUUCAGAUGUUACGAGUUAAUACGAAAUAUUGCUUAUCGGUACAUAAAAAAAAAAGAAAAAAGAAAAAAAAGAACGACAUGCAAGCGCACAUGCGCGUUAUCACACACACAUGUAUGAUAUUAGUUUUGAAUAAGCGUCGAAAUAAGACACGUUUGUAUAUAUUUAUGUAUAAUAUAAAAAUAUCAUGUGUUAGUUCUUAUCGUAGAUUUAAGUAACCGAUGAUAAUCAGAUGAAGCAGCGUCGAUUGUUUUAAUUUCAUAUGGAGUUUUAAAAUAUUCUACCACUACGAGUUGUAAACUCGUAAAACAUAUUUGAAGAAUCGAUAGAUCGUACUUGUUUUCCUUGGAGAAAAUAUGAAACUCGUAGAAACCACAUAAACGGUGUUCAAUUUACUAUGCUUAAUGUAUGUUAACCAUUAUUGUUACUGACUCAAUUUACCGAUUAACUUUUAUCUCUGUUUAUAAUUUCUCAAAAAUUAAUUUUUUCGAAAAUAUCUUCCAUGAAUAAAAAAAUUCGUUAUCUCGUAUUUAAUUGUUUUACGAAAGAGAACGAGACGAUGUUGAUGAAGCGCUCAAGUACGCGACGUCUUUCCUAUAGCAUAAUCAGAUUUCGAUUUGCAGAGUUUGUAGUUAAACGUGCUUGAGUUAAAAUAGUUUCAAUACAGGUUGUAUACCGCACAAUUAUACACAAUGAGGUCCAGUCAAAGUGAUUGUCACUAAAAGAUAUCAAUGUAACGUAGUCUAACGUAGCAUUCGAUGUGUCUAUUUUAAUUGAGCUCCAACUACAGGCCAUGUAUACUUUCAAAAUGUGUACAUGUGUGUGUGUGUGUGUGUGCCCAAAAUGCCAAGCCAACGUUUCUUCCCUUAAGAUUAAGAUAGAAAUUUAUAUAUUUGACAUGAAAAUUAUCUGAUAUGAUGAAAAAAGAAAUCUAAUACUUCACGCAGAGGUAUCGUUCUAUCAAGACGUAUUACAUCGUUUUCAUGCACUUCAAAAUUUUCAAACGAUUGAAAAAACUAUAAGCAUUGAUUAUAUAAGUGCUAAGUUUAUUGUUUUACUAGCUUAAUGUGAUUAUAAAACGGAUGACUUUAAAAAAGAAGAAAAAAGGGGAAAAAAAAAGAAAAAAAAAACAAUCUUGAUAUAUAUUUUUUAAUAACUACAUUUAUAGAUAUAUUAAAAAUUUUCAAUGUAAACAUGACAAGAUGUCAUUUACAUAUCAUUACGAAUCUAUUAUUCAUUUAAGUAUAUUCCUAUAACGAAUAUCCACAUCUCUCGUCACUUUUAUCUUGAAUAUAGGAAAUAUUUUGAUAUGAGAGAUUUACAUUGAAUUGAGCUUACAAAUAUUUUCUGUUUUUCUCAAUUUUUGAUAAAUGUGCAAAAGUAGAUCAAAUUAUAUAUGUUUUUAUGAAAAUAUUAUAUCAUUUCAAUUACAAUAUUAAGUGAUAAAUAUUUAAUUACAUUAACUGUUUGUCUAAACGAUAUAAUAUACAUACAGCUUAUGGAAACUAUGCAUUGAACUGAUACUCUAAAUAUAUUUUAUAUUAGAGAUUAGUCUACGCAUUGAAUUAUAUUUUCAAAAAAAAGGAAAAGAGAAAAAAAAUACGAGACCUAGGUAGUACGAAAUUAUAUUCAAAAGUCACGUAAGAAUGUGAAGUAGUAUCUAAUCCAAUAGAAAAAAAAUCGAUAAAUAAGAAUCAUUUUCAAGUUUCUUGCGAGUUGGCUUGGCUUCUUCCAAACUCAGUAUUACAAAAUCUUAAGAAAAACAUAUUUAAAAAGAAAAAAAAAGAAAAAAAGAAAAGAAAAGAAAAAAAGUAAAUUUGAAUUUACUUGUAAAUUGUUUCUCAAACUAUAUUUUAUAACUACACUUUCAUGAUAUUGGCUUCUAUCAUCUGAUUUCACUAUAAACUUUUAAAGAACUCCCUUUAUAUUUUUAUGAAUCAUUUAAAUUUUACAUAUGCGUUGAAGGUAACACUUACAAAUUGUUGGCAAAUGAUAUUUUGUAUGUACUAUAAACGAUAUACAUGUUUAAGAUUUUAUAAAUAUUUACUGGAAUGCAUAACUAAAACAGCUGCAAGUGGUUGCGACGGUAUGCUUUUGUACAACUCCCUGCUAUGUUAGCACACUAGUUCAUCUUUAAGAAUUUCAUUCUGAACCAGUUUAAUUGGAACCAAGUACGACUACUACGUCGUCGAUAUCAGAUAAUGGGACCGUUAUAAGAUUUUAUAAUAGCGUACUAAAGGUAUAGUAUCACUUUUUAUAGAUUAUAAAAGUGCCAACAUUUUGAUAGCGUUACAAUCACUUUUCCUCCUAAUUCUAUGACUUUGUUAAACUAUCAAUGAAAAUGUAAUUUAUUUAUUGUAAAUAAAAACAUAUAUUGCUUA